GAGGGUAAGGACGCAGGAGACGAGGAAACCAGGACGCACGGUGUGUUCCUGUUGCAUCGCGGCCCGGAGCUGUCUCACUAUCAUGGGAUGGGCUCUGACUUUAUCUCCGUCACCAGAAUCCACACAGGCGGUUUGUGUUGUGUGUUUUGUGAACGAGGCAGCUGAGUGUUGUGUGUUUGUGAACGAGGCCGCUGAGGGACCUGAGGCCUGGGACAAGGGAACUUCAUUAAACAUGCAUCGGGUCGUUAUGAAGAGUUCUUUCCAAACUUCUCCUUCUUGUUGUUGUUGACCAGCUCAGUGCAGAGGAAUGCUGAGGAAAGCAAACUCCCGGUCUUCAUACCGAGAGUUCAGUGAUGAUGACGAAGGUGAAGGCCACACACAGUCUCCGGACCCUUAUGACGAGUCACCAGAGGACCAGGAGGAGGGAGAAGAGCCGAACGGCAGGAUCUCCCCAGAGGACGACCUCAGGGAGAGCAGCCCGUCGGGGAGGUUUAGUAAAGCCUGCCUGAAGAACGUCCUCACGGUGGCGCUCAUCUUCAUCUACCUGCUGCUGACGGCGGUGGCGGCGUUCCUGGUGUACCAGACCAUCUCUGACUUCCUGGACAAACUCAACCACCCCGUCAUGUCUGUCACCUACAAAGAGGUGGAAUCCUUUUCUCCCCCUGGUAUCGCUGUCUAUCCCGGCCGAGCUCAGCUGCUGAGCUGCAGGCAUCACUACCACGACUCCAUCCCUCCGUUAGAGAACCCGGGCCAAGCUCAAGAGGGAGACUGUGUGAUCAGCAACGUGACUUACGUUGGACCCUUUACAAAUCAAACAGAGAAACGAGCUCUGGUGGUCCGCGGCCCCUCUGAUGUCAGAAACAAAGAGCUGAUCUUCAUGCAGUUCAGUCACAAUGAAACAGAAGAGGACUUCAGUGCCAUCACCUACAUGCUUUUCGCCAAGUUUAGUGACUUGAAUGACAGCCAGAAUCAGUCAGAGUUCAUGAGGGACUGUGAGAGGAAUUACUCCAUGUGGACCUUCUCUGGAGGAUUCAGGACCUGGGUCAAGAUGUCUUUAGUGAGGACGUCUGGGAAAAGCAAUGAUGCUAUGGAGUUUCGUCAAGAGUCAACUGUGGUGAAAUUCAAUGAUAAAAGACCUGAGUCGGAGCAAAGCAACCAGCUUUUCUUUGCUGUCUUUGAAUGGCGGGAUCCUUUCAUGCAAGAAAUCCGACUGAUCGUCACCGCAAAUCCCUGGAACUCCGUCGCCAUCCUGUGUGGCGUCUUCAUGGCUUUCUUCAAGGCAGCUAACUUUGCCAAGCUGGCUAUUCAGUGGACAAACAGGAUGCGAAAGAGGCACCUGAGGAAUAAAGAACGGGAACUGAACCAAAUCAGCUGAUGUUACAGUCUGGUCCGGUUCAGAUCUGGUUUAUUAGAAUCUGUCCUGAGGGGUUUUGAGGUCAGUACACUGUUUUUGCAUUGUCGUUCAGGAUAAUUCACACUAAUGAUGUUUGCUCACAAGAUUUGUUGUAUAGAUAAUAUCACCUGACUGAGGGUGAUGUGUUCUAAUUGAAUAUUACUGCUACAUCAGUCAUUUCCUAUCACUUCCCCACAAAUGGAGAGUUCUGUGUUUAUAACACAAUCAAAGAGUUAUUGUUCUUGAGAUAUUUCACUGAUAUUUUCUGAGAUGUAGUUUCUGAAAUGUAUUUUUUUACGCACAUAAAAGAAAACGAUGAAAGAUAUCGUGAGUCUGGGUUUUUCAGGUCAACAACUGAUAAACUGUGAGCUUUGGUCAAAGUGUUGCUGCAUUUUAUUCUGGUCUUUGUGUAGAUAAUAUCAUUUUAAAGGGAAUGUUGCGUUGUUCAUUUGUGUAUCCUACUUAUUCAAAACAAUGCUCAGUCAUAUAUGCUGUUAAUGUCACUGAGCAGAAUCUGGUAUGUGUCUAGGAUUUAUCUCCACUUGAUGUAUUUGAACUCUAAAGGGAUCAGGAAAGUAUUUUUCUUGUGUCAGAGGGAUCUGACGUUUGUUUUUGUUGAGCUGGAACCAAAUUUGUGUCUAAUUCCUGUUGUUUUGACAUUUUUAUUUGAACACUAUUCAAAUGUAUCAGUGUGUCAUUGUGUUUGAAUACUACUUGAAUUAUUUCACAUGCUGUUGCUGUUCAGGAUUGUAUAUCUCACACACUUUUGUUUGUAGAGAAUUUGGAAUAUAGAAAUAAACAAUUCUGCCUGGA